AUGUGGACCUACAUGAUGGCAGCGGCCCGAGGUGACCGGGCAAUGUCAUCGAUAUCGUCACGUCAUCAGAGCAAUCGGAAUGAGUUUGAUUCACCAAGCAUUUACCACUUCAAUCGAGUGCAACGACCACUGUACAACACGACGCACCGGGCACCACAGCUCUCCAAUGGACCAGUCAGCAUCAGUACGACUCCGUUCGGGAGCAACACGAUCUACCAGAGCUACAUGCCGCAGACCGCAUCGCUCGACAGCUUCAACAGUGUGGCCACGAACCCCAGCUUCUCGACCACGGGCGAACCGACGCCACCGCCGACGGUCGGAGCGGCGGCCCCGGUCCCUCCCGGGCCCGCCACGGUCGCCGGGACGCUGCCGUUCACGACGCGCAACCGGCCCGAGGUAGCCACCGACCAUCCGGCCGGCGCCACACCGAAGAACAACCAUCUAAGUCAAGCUGUGAUAGAAAGUGAGCGGAACGACUUUCAGGAACCGUCGUCCGGACGGCGGAGCAAACUGUCCUCCCUGCGCCGCUCGCUGAACGCGCUCCGCUGUAGGAUAUCGAAACGGGGCCGCUCGAAGCCGCCCGACCAAUUCCUGGACAAAUUUUCCGCCGCCUCCGCCACCUCCGACACCCGCUUGCACCAGGCCGGCUGCGUCGCGCCGCAGGCCGUCCCCUCCGAUGGCGUCUGCAGCCGCCUGUCGGUCGAUCCGUCCCUGCCGUCGCACUAUCGGUGGCUCUCCCUCGUUUCGUUGGCUGUACUGUACAAUAUCGUGUUUGUGAUAGGACGGGCGGUCUUCUGGGAGCUGAACAAGCAAGCAUCGGUGCUCUGGUGGAUCCUAGACUAUCUGUGUGAUUUCAUCUACUUGGCCGACACGCUGGUGCAUUGCCACGAGGGCUACCUGGAACAGGGACUGCUGGUGCGCGAUGCGUCCAAGUUGCGGAAGCACUACUUCUCCAAGCAGCGCUGGUGGCUCGACGUCGUCUCGAUGCUGCCGACCGAUCUGGCCUACAUCUGGUGGGCCCCGAGUUCCUGCGCCGCCACCCGGCUACCGUGUCCAAUUAUAGUUAGAAUUAAUAGGUUACUGCGUCUUCCAAGAAUGUGGGAAUGGUUCGAUCGGACGGAAACGGCCACCGGCUACCCGAACGCCUUUAGGAUAUGUAAAGUUGUUUUAGCUAUACUAGUACUCAUCCACUGGAACGCGUGUCUGUACUUUGCGAUCAGCUACGCGCUCGGCUUCAGCACCGACAACUGGGUGUACAACAUCAACGGGCCGAAGAAUCUGACCCUGUCGCGGCAGUACAUCUACAGUUUCUACUGGUCGACGCUGACGCUGACCACGAUUGGUGAGACGCCAACGCCGGAGAACGACGCCGAGUAUCUGUUCGUCGUCGCGGACUUCCUGGCCGGUGUGCUCAUCUUCGCCACCAUCGUCGGAAACAUCGGUUCGAUGAUAUCGAACAUGAACGUAACACGGGUCGAAUUCCAGAACCGGAUGGACGGUGUCAAGCAAUACAUGGCCUUUCGAAAGGUUGGCGGUGAGCUGGAGGCGAGGGUCAUCCGAUGGUUCGCGUACACCUGGGCCCAGAGUGGGGCGCUGGACGAGGAGCGCGUGCUGGCGGCGCUGCCCGACAAGCUGAAGGCCGAGAUUGCGAUACGGGUUCAUAUGGACACGCUGCGGCAGGUCCGCAUCUUCCAGGACUGCGAGCCGGGGCUGCUGGAGGCGCUUGUACUAAAGCUCAAACUUCAGGUGUUCAGCCCGGGCGACUACAUCUGCCGCAAGGGCGAUGUCGGCAAAGAGAUGUACAUCGUGAAGCGGGGGAGCCUUUCGGUGGUGGCUGACGAUGGCAUCACCGUGUUGGCUACGCUCGGGGCCGGCUCGGUGUUUGGCGAGGUGUCCGUUCUGGAAAUUGCUGGCAACCGUACCGGAAACCGCCGUACGGCCAACGUACGUUCGAUCGGCUACUCGGAUCUGUUCUGCCUGGCGAAACGUGACCUCUGGGAAACGCUCGCCGACUAUCCGGAGGCCCGGGCCUCGCUAACCGAGCGGGGAUGUCAAUUACUGCGGAAGGAUGGUCUGCUGGAUGAGGCGGUGUUUGCCAAUGCUCAGCAGACGCAGGACUCGCUCGAAAGUGGCGUCGCCCGAUUGGAGCAGACGGUGGAAAACCUAAACCUUCGGCUGGCCCGCCUCCUGGCCGAGUACUCCGCGAGCCAGGCCAAACUGAAGCAGCGCAUCUCGAAGUUGGAGGACAGAGUGCAAAAGUCACCGACAAGAAGGGGGGAAGCAAGAAACAACCAAAACCAUCAACAGCAGCAACAGCAACAGCAGCAGCAGCAGCAGGAACAUCCUGGAUCUUCGUCGUCAUCAGCUGCGGCACGACUUCGAUCGCAUCGACGCAAAUCGCAUUCAUCAACGACCACGACAUCGGCGGAAGCGGCAGCAGCGGCGGCAUCGGCGACGACGGCGACGGCGACAGCAGAUGAAUCCCUAACGGGUGCUCGGACGGGGUUGGGUGGGACCACUGGAAGCGUCGGGAAUGGAGUACCAGGACGUCAGAAUACGUUAUGA